CUACAAUCGUGUCGUAAUUGCGACGCGUCUGUACCGGAUCGACCCUGCUCCAUAAGGCCAGCUGGAAAUCAGGCAUCAAGUCGCGUCCCAGUCGCGUCGGUGGCAAGUGCGAUGUCAUAGAACAUGCCUCCAGCAAUUUGCGAUUCCGAAGACGAGGAGGAGAUUUUGGUGGAAGACGACGAGCCCAGUCAACGGAGUCACGGCAGCAAUCGAAGUUUCGGCCAGGCGGUGGCCCUCGCGAAUCAGAUAUUAUCCGGUUCACAGGAACCCGGUGAAGCUGAUGGCAGCAGCUUGUCCACUGGUAAAUGGAACUACGAUUUUGCGAUCUGCACAACGCUGACAGCGACAGGCGAGAUAAAUCGACAGAUCGCAGAUACCACGCGAGGCUUCUUCAGCUCUGCUACCGACAACUCCAAGAUGAAGGAAGUUCCGGCAUCUUCUGCCAAGCAGAAGCUGAGCAGACGGCACACUAAUGUCGACGGAGUCACUGCGGCCAGGCCAUCUACAACAGUGAAGCGAACGCCGACGACAUACGGCAAGAGUAGCAACAAAAGCCAGCGUUCGUCGCAUCCGAGCCCUGACGAGGCCUUUCAAGCGUAUUGCAACAAUGAGCGAGCAUCUCAGGAAUCGCUAUCUGCUGCUUUCUUGCAGCCCUCUGAUUCUGCUAAACCUACAGACGGGCUCCCGGGCGGCACGCUGUUGCAGGACUUCCAGCACCAUGACCCAAGAACUCUCUUUCCCGAUACGGGAAGCACAAUUCCUGACAACGAGUCUUCCACACGGCGAAUGAUCGAGCUCGCGCGAGAUCCUCCGGUCAUGCCUGAUGCUCCAAUUCAAAAGCUGUCGAAUGAGUCACAUGCACAGCAGUCGAGCCCCUUUGCAGCAUGGUCCGCAUCUGAGAAUCAGACACAAACGCCCAAGCUGAACUCAGACAACGCUUUACCGCGAAGUGUCACGUCCGCGCCGGUAGACAGCCAUGACGCUGCUGAUACUUGUCAAAACUCACAUCUGGAGGAGCUCAAGAAGCUCUCCCGCAUCAAACCAUUCGCGGAGACCGAGGCUUGUCCCGAUCAAGAAGACAUCGACGUUGCUCGAGAUCCGAAAACAGUCGGACAACAACCAAUCUCGAACUCCGUUUCCGCAGGAAAUGAUCAAAAGAGAGGAGUGGACGCGUCCGCAAAAGAGCAGCUUGGGUCUCACAAGCCCAGACCACCGCCUAAGUCGAGUCCAAUGGUCAUCAUACCACCUGCCGAAAUCUCAGUAUCUGAGGCAAACAAUGAUGUGUCAAAACCGCCAAGGGGUCGAAAGCGCAAAUCAUUAGAUGAGCAAGGCGCGGAUGGCCACAAGCCUGAUUCCGAAGCAAUGAAUUCCGAUGAUCGUGCUAUUGGGCUUCCCAAAGAACUUUACAAGCCGAGGCCGAGCCGGCGGAGGGCUACUGCCAUGGAGGAGCCCAUUGACUACUCGAUCGUUCCCGAAAAGGCAGUCAAGAGACGACGCAAGACCCUCAAUGAUGAACAUAUAGAUGACUCGAACCACAAGUCGCAAGCACCGCUCACGAAGGCAACGUCGAAGACCCACAGGCAGCAAUCGGACAAUGAGCAUCGAUCGUCUGCUGAGGUAUCCAAGACCACAAGGCAUAGUAGGCGCGACGAAGACGCAGAGCUGAACCUGGCCAUCGCAAAUAGUCUGCGCGAUAUGGACCAGGUAGCAGCUAGUAAGGCGUCGCCCACAAGAAAGGGGAAAGAAUCUGCUCAGCCCACACCGACCACGCCACGGCGCGAAGCGCGACACGAUCCACCAAGACCUAUGGCAUCGCCGCUCAGCCCACCAGUAAGCCUCAAAGAACGGCCGAGCGCUUCGAAAACAACAUCAACUACGCAGCAACCCGCUGUGACAUCACCGACCAAAAUGCUCCCUCCGUCGCUUCCCGCAUCGGCGUCAAGGAAGGCGCCACGUAGAAGUCAGACGACUAUCUUUGAGGAUCACGCGGCCUCGCGUUCUCCCACCCUGAGCCAGCAGCAGGCGGAGAGAUUGGCGACUGUCAAGGAUGUACCCAAGUCCAGUCAGUCGAACAAGCGAAAACGACGCACGAUCGUGCAGAAUGACGAGGAGGAAGAGGACGAGCUUGCGAAGGUGUCGCCGGCUAAGAAGCCAGCACCCAAGAAGCGAGGACGGCCCUCAAAAGCUGAGACAGCCGCCAAGGCUGACGCAUCCAGGAGGGCGCUCGUAGAUGUCGAGGACGAGGAGCUUGUCGUUCAACACCAGCAAUUGGGUGAGAAAGCAGAGAAGCGAGUCUCCCCUCCACAACUAAGCGAAGCGGAUGCGGAGGACCAUGACACUAUCUCACAUCGCAAAAAGUCCACAAAACGAAAAUCCUCCGCCGUGGCCCUGGAGGAUACCGAGGAUGACCUGGAAGCACAACAAGAGGUGGACACAAUUUCCCAAGUGGCCAAAAAGAACGGCCGAGGUCGAACCAAAAAGACGAUCCUGGAAGACUCCGAUGCAGAGUCCGUGUUGGACGAUGAGACUGGACACUCGGACGCACAGCCAAAGAAGAAGGGGCCUGGUCGACCUGCGAAGGCGAAUUCAAAUGGGGUCGUGGCCUCGAAGGAACAGGAGCAAUUCACUUCAGCGAAGGCUACACCGAGCGCGGCUCUCAAACCAAAAGAUGCCAACGCCAAUGCCGCUGCCAGAAGAGCUGGUCUUGGAAGCAAAGAACCAACCCCAGCACCUUCGGUCGAGAAACCUGCUACAGUGACCGCAGCUAGGCACACGACACCAGCACCAGAUGUGAAGCCCAGUCCGAACAGCCACUCGCCAAUCAAGAAGAACGCAAAAGUUAUACAUCGCGUAGGCCUAGGCCGUCGACAACGAGUGCAGCCGCUGCUCAAGAUCAUUCGGCCUGAAGCAAAGGCUCGCAAAGAGGAUGCCACUCGCGUGACGACCGUGACGAGCGUUGCCGAGCUUGAGAAGAAAUGGAAUGCUGUGGAGGAGUGAGUUCUAUGUUGACCUCUGUCCUGUGCGGGCAACGCCGCCCUCGCUUCUGCUUUGGCAUUCGCUGUGAUGAUCCUCGAUCUUUGUAGAAUUUUGUGCAGCAUAGAGAUACCCGCUUGUAUUGAUAUUGCUGAGCCAGAAGGUGGCAUAGUUGUAAAUGAUAAAUCAGG